AGAAUGAUUAAUCACUUGGAUUAAAGCGGCUUCCCUUUUCCUCUCUCAUCCUCCUCACUCUCUCUCGUUCUCCUCUAUCUCUCCGCCAUGGCUCUGCAAGUCUGGGAGACGUUGAAGGAGGCAAUCGUAGCAUACACAGGCCUAUCUCCGUCGACCUUCUUCACUGCCGUCGCUCUUGGCCUUGCCUUUUACUAUCUCAUUUCCAGUUUCUUCGCUCCCUCCGACAACAGAACCCACACUAGGGACUUGGGGGAGCAGCUCCAGCCUCUCCCUCCGCCUGUCCAACUCGGUGAGAUUUCCGAGGAGGAGUUGAAGCAAUACGAUGGCUCCGAUUCUGAGAAGCCUCUGCUUAUGGCUAUCAAGGGUCAGAUCUAUGAUGUUUCUCAGAGCAGGAUGUUCUAUGGACCUGGGGGACCCUAUGCCCUUUUUGCUGGAAAGGAUGCAAGCAGAGCUCUUGCAAAAAUGUCUUUUGAAGAGAAAGAUCUGACUGGGGAUAUCUCUGGUCUUGGUCCGUUCGAACUCGAUGCCUUGCAGGACUGGGAAUACAAAUUCAUGAGCAAAUACGUCAAAGUUGGGACAGUCAAGAAGCCAGUUGCCGAAGGCGGCGAUGCUGAAGUUAGCAAACCUGCUGAAGAAGAACGCCCCUCGGAAUCUCGAGCUAAUAAAGCUGAAGAAACCCCUGCUGCUGCCAAUGUUGAAUAAGAUUUUGCAUACCACAGAUGCCCCGUACCAACCGAUAUACGAGAAGAGAACAAUGUACGUGUACUCGUGUUUCAGUAAUCUCGUUUCACAGAUAAAUCAAAUCGAGUUAUAUGUAGGAUGAUGAUGAUGAUAUUAUAGGUGUGGUAAAGACUUGAUUUAUUCUCUAUUUUUGUUCAAUAAACAUCUUACAAUAAGUUGAUUACCAAAAUUCCAUUGCCA